AUGGCGUCCACAACGGAUAUUCAGAACCCCGACCAGCUCGUCACCUCAAACAACCCAGACCACCCUGCGAAUCUCAUCCCAUCGCUGUGCGCAAAGUUCUGGACACUAGGCUGGGUCACCGGCACGGGCGGUGGCUGCUCUAUCCGAGAUGACGACCUCGUCUACAUCGCCCCCUCGGGCGUCCAAAAGGAACUCAUGAAGGCCCAGGACAUCUACGUCCUCUCCCUCGCCGCCCAAGAAGCGUCCCUCAAGAACCGCGUCUACCUUCGCUCCCCGCCCACCUACAAGCCCUCCCAGUGCACUCCCCUCUUCCUCGCCGCCUUCACCCGCCGCGGCGCCGGCUGCUGCAUCCACACGCACUCCCACUGGGCCGUCCUCGUCACCCUGAUCCUCGAGGGCCGCGGAGCCGGCAACGACAAGCUCUUUGAGAUCAACAACAUCGAGCAGAUCAAGGGCUUCGGCAAGGGCUUCCAGAAGCAGGGCAACCUCGGGUACCAUGACACCCUGCGGAUCCCCGUCAUCGAGAACACGGCCCACGAGGAGGACCUGACCGAAUUCCUGGAGGAGGCCAUGGACAAGUACCCCGACACCUACGCCGUGCUGGUACGGAGACACGGCGUCUACGUUUGGGGGGACAACGUCCACAAGGCCAAGACGCAGUGUGAGAGCUUGGAUUAUCUCUUCCAAUUGGCCGUUGAGAUGAAACAGUUGGGCAUCCCCUGGAUCAGCGACAUUCCAGUGACUGUUCCUACCAAGUCCUGA